GUGAGCCAAUCAGCUUGCGUUUUGUUGGCCGGUGGAGCUGCUCGCCGGUCCGUUUGCUUCUGGGAAAAGGGGAACCAACUGGCUAGGGCAGCAUCGGCGGUGCGGUGCUAUGGACCUCAGGGACAAUGUCGAGACUGGGGAGACGGAAAACCACACAGAGCUGUUCUACGUGCCGAUUCCAGACGAAGCACCGUGCAAGAGGGAGCAGGAGAAGCUGUCAGGGGUCGUCAAAAACGUUCACAGAAAACUGCGGAGGAAAUACAGAGAGGUGGGCGACUUUGACAAGAUCUGGCGUGAGCACUGUGAAGAUGAGCAGACGCUGAGUGAGUACGCCCUCGCCAUGAAAAAUCUUGCCGACAACCACUGGACCAAAAACUGCGAAGGAGAGGGACGCAUUGAAUGGUGUCGCAGUGUCUGUCAAGAAUAUUUUUUGGAUGGCGGGAUAAAAAGAAUGUUAGAAAAGGAUGAGAAAAGUGCGAUGCUUGCCAUGGGUCUGGCUGCAGCAUCUGUAAGUGCCCAACCAUACAGCACCAUCCCCAGUUCUAUCUCUCAGCUGGGGAAAAUGCGCCUUCUUGACGUGGGAAGCUGCUUCAACCCUUUCUUGAAGUUUGAUGAAUUCCUUACAGUUGGUAUUGACAUAGUGCCUGCAGUUGAGAGUGUGUACAAGUGUGACUUCCUCAACCUUCAGCUCCAGCAGCCUCUUCAGCUGGCCAGUGACGCUGUAGAGGCCUUUCUCCGCCAGCUCCACAACCCCAUCGACACACUGCCUGCCCAGCUUUUCCACGUGGUGGUCUUUUCACUGCUCUUGUCCUACUUCCCCUCACCUUACCAGCGCUGGAUCUGCUGUAAGAAGGCCCAUGAGCUGCUGGAGCUGCAUGGCCUGCUGCUCAUCAUCACUCCCGACUCCUCCCACCAGAACCGCCAUGCCCUGAUGAUGCGCAGCUGGCGCGUCGCGGUGGAGUCCCUGGGUUUCAAGCGCUACAAAUACAUCAAGUAUUCCCACAUGCAUCUCAUCGCCUUCCGCAAGGUGUGUCUGGCCACCACCAGCGACCUGGUGUCACGCAACUACCCAGAGAUGCUCUACAUCCCUCAGGACUUUCACUCCAAUGAGGAGGAAGAGUGUGCCGACGUGCCCGUGCAGGUGCGCUCCGACUUUGAGGAUGACCAGAUGGCUUGGGGCUUCACAGAGCUACCUGACACGCCCUAUGAUUCAGAUUCUGGGGAGAGCCAGAGCAGCUCGGUGCCUGGCUUCCAUGAGCUAGAAGACCCCAUCCUUCUUCAGAGCUAGGCUAAACUAGCUAAGCUACACCCUUCCCCCUUCUCCUUUUCUAUUGUGUCACCUCCCCUUCAACUGCUGCGCUGACAAAUUUAACCUGCUGCAUUCUUCUCCCACAUCUCCUCCCUCUCCUCAAAACAAUGCAGUUUGCACAGUGUGAAAGAGAGAAGUUUACAGAUUAUAUUCUCGUAGCCAAACUCCUCUGAGAGUAUACACACACACACACACACACACACAC